CGAUUUGUGAAUUUCCCUUGAUUUUGGGGUCGCACCCAGCGGCAGAAACUUGAGAUCCAACCCAUCACCCAUCCAAAUCCAAUCUAUUUUGCGCACCGUUUUAUCUUGUUUUCGCCUUUUUCUGUUCUCGGAUCGCUUCCUCCCUAAAACCCCAAUAUUCCAAACAAUAUUGAAGCUUCAAGUUUAACUUCCUGUUUAUUUUCAAGUCAGAGAUUCGUGUGUAAUCUCCCUAUUUCCACAUCUCUUCUUCUUUAUGUACUGAGCUCUGGAACGAAUUUCGAGAGUAACCCACUUCUGAUUAUCGUCUUUUAUAAAGAUCCAUCUGGAGAUUAGUUACCAGAUCUGUUUUUGUAAUUGGGCUUUAAGCAUUUUAUAGGAACAUUACUUAUUCUGUUAGAACAUAUUCGCUUUUGGGUUCUUCAAUGUGAGCUUAGAUCUUGAUUCGAUUCUAAUGUAAUAUGGGUGUUGGAUUUACUUCUGGAAUACCCUUUUGGAAAAUCUGUUGUUUCUCGAUUAGAUUGAGUAUGCUUGAUGGGACCUGAUUCGUUACAAGCAAGUGACUGCGUUGGAAAUUGUAUUUGGCUGGUUCGAUUGGAAGUUGAGUUUUGGUUACUGGGUUCUAGAUAGAAAAAAUGUUUUGGAGGGAUCUUGAAAGGGAGAACAAGAACCAGAACGGUGGACCGCCAUGCGGGCAGGUUCGAGUUCUUGUUGUUGGCGAUUCAGGUGUCGGGAAAACUUCUCUUGUUCAUCUGAUUGUCAAAGGUUCUUCUGUUGCUCGCCCUCCUCAGACAGUUGGAUGUACAGUUGGUGUAAAGCACAUUACUUACAUGAAUUCUGGUAGCUCUUCAAGCAGCAUUAAAGGUGAUGCAGAGAGAGAUUUCUUUGUAGAACUAUGGGAUGUGUCAGGGCAUGACAGAUAUAAAGAUUGCCGGUCUUUGUUCUACUCGCAGAUAAAUGGGGUUAUUUUUGUACAUGAUCUCUCCCAGAGAAGAACUAAAACAAGCUUGCAGAAAUGGGCAUCUGAAAUUGCUGCAACUGGGACAUUUUCAGCUCCUCUCAGUUCUGGGGGUCCAGGUGGUCUUCCUGUUCCUUUUAUCGUCAUCGGGAACAAAGCUGAUGUUGCUGCAAAGGAGGGUACAAGAGGAAGCAGCGGCAAUCUUGUUGAUGUAGCUCGCCAGUGGGUUGAGAAGCAGGGUUUGCUUCCAUCCAGUGAGGAACUUCCAUUGACUGAGAGUUUUCCUGGCAAUGGUGGUCUUAUUGCUGCUGCAAAAGAAGCAAGAUAUGACAAGGAAGCUUUGAUAAAGUUUUUUCGCACGUUGAUCAGGAGGAGAUAUUUUUCAGAUGAGUUAACAGCACCAGCAUCAAGUCCAUGGUCCAAUUCUCAAAGACCUGGCCAACGUUUAGAUGAGAAUUCAAGUGAUGACGAUCAGUUUUACAAGACCAAAAGGUUAACUGGUGAUCCUUACAAGUACAAUAUGCUUCCUCCCUUGCCAGCUCAACGCAACCUCACUCCACCUCCCACACUUUAUCCUCAGCAGCCAGUUUCAGUAACUGAGAAUUACAGCUUCCCAAGAUUUAGCCUGAUUGAUUCCCAAGAAACAAACAGCACUGCCAGAUCAAAGCGUAUGGAUAUCAAUGUGUGAUGGUCUCUGCCCAAGGCUUUGCUGCCGCACUGAAAUGGAAUUCUUGCAUUUUUUGUCUGGGGAAACUAUUUCAUUUGAUUGAUGAAUUCUUUCCUUUCUGUGUUGUUUGUAAACUGAUCAAUUGAUUCUUUCUAUCUGAGGCUGCAAGGGCUUUGGGUUGUAAUUUGCACUCAGCAGUACUUGUAUAUUGAUUGAUUAUUCAACCUGAACUACAGGCAGUUGUUCUCAAA